AUUAAAAUUACAGACUGCUGAUUAACCAGUUGGCAUCGUGUGUUUAUAGAAAUCCUUAAAAAUAUUUAUCGAUCAAAUGUUAUGUGAACUUAUGAGAAAAUAUCUCAUGCUAUUAAAAAACAUAACCUACUUUCAUGUAAAUAUUGGUACAAUAUCGAAUUUCACCAUAAGCUAGUUGCAAACUAAUGAGUUUCCUAAAUCAAACAUGAUGAAUUUUUCAAGAUCGUUGUACAAAUGUUUAACUCAAAAACUUACACAGCAAAGGCAAAUAAAAUUUCUCAUUAAUCGUAGAUAUUAUUCUGGAAGUGCUAUUCUUGGAAUCGAGACAUCUUGCGACGAUACGGGUUGCGCCAUCAUAAGCCACGAUGGAAAUAUAUUAUCAGACAGUUUGCACUCACAGAAUCUUAUGCAUCUACGGAAUGGAGGAAUUAUACCUGAUGUAGCCCAAGACUUGCAUAAAAAGUAUAUUGAACCUACUGUGAAUGAAACUUUACAGAAAGCGAAAUUAUCAAUGGAAGAUGUAUCUGCCAUAGCAGUCACUUUAAGACCUGGCUUAGCUCUAAGCCUAGUUGUUGGUAUGAAAUAUGCAAAAUAUUUAGCCAGACUUCAUCGGAAACCUAUAAUUCCUAUACAUCAUAUGGAAGCUCAUGCUCUAGCAGCAAGAAUGCAUCACAACAUAUCUUUCCCAUUCCUAGUCUUGUUAAUAUCAGGGGGACACUGUUUGCUGGCCGUUGCUCAAGACAUAAAUCAUUUUCAGUUACUCGGACAAAGUAUGGAUAUAGCACCUGGUGAAGUGUUUGACAAAGUUGCCAGGAGAAUGAAGUUAAGAAAUGUAGCAGAAUAUUCAAAAAUAUGUGGAGGCCAAGCUAUAGAAUUAGCAGCAUCAAAAGCUACUAAUCCUCAUGUGUUUAAACUCCCACUUUCCCUAGCCGAGUACAGGGAUUGUAAUUUUAGUUUCAACGGUUUGAAGACCUCUGUCAUCUCGCAGCUAUACAAGAAAGAAAAAGAACAUAACAUUGUAGCUGACAAAUUGAUUCCGGAAGUGAAUGACUUAUGUGCUGCGCUUUUGAUGGCCGUCUCAAGACACUUGAUUCAUAGAACCCAGAGAGCUAUGGAAUUUUGUGAACAAAAUAACCUGAUACCAAAAGAUAAUAAACAGCUAGUUGUGUCUGGUGGAGUUGCAUGUAAUAACUAUAUAUUCAAUGCAUUAACUUAUUUAUGUGGUGAAUCGGAUUACAAGAUUUAUAGACCCUUACCAAAACUGUGUACAGAUAAUGGUGUUAUGAUCGCAUGGAAUGGCUUAGAAAAGUGGAGGAGAGGUAUAGAUAUAAUUACAGAUAUAAGUAAAUUAGAUAUUCAAGCUGCUAGUCCUUUAGGAGAAAGUUUAAUAGAUGAAGUUGUUAAUGCCAAAAUACCUACAAAACUAAUGAAAAUAAAAAUUUGAAUAUAA